CCCAACCGCAACGAGACCAUACCUGUAACGCGAAGCCAAAUCAUCAGCCAUCGAUCGGGUUGUUUCUAUAAGAUAAUACGCCUUGCCACGAUACGAAUACAUCGCUUUUCCGGGCGAUCACGACGAGCAAACACCGAAGUUAACUCACCUGACCCUUCGAGGAAAGCAUAUAAGGACGAGAACGAAUCUCCCGUCCUCGAUUGCGAAACAGACGCGUUUGAGUAUCGACUACGUAUCUACUUGUUCAUCCUAUAUAUUCUCUAUAAGCCUUGGGUAUCGUUAUGGACACAAUGGCUACUACUACAACCACAACAACCAUCGCGAUUACGGAUAAGGAGAACAUCCCGCACCUCCCCUCCCACCACGCUCACGCACUCUCCUCUGCCGCGAGAACGCGGUUAUCAAUCUACCUCGACACCGAAAACGACAUCUCUGCGCACUCCGCGGCCGCUGUCUCGGUGAAGAAUUCCCUUCAACACAAGACGGCGCCGUACCAGAAAAAGUUGGGUGGGUUGGGGGUGAAGAAGAGGAUGCCGCUUGGGGAGUUGUCGUUGCAGGAGGUUGAGGCGAGGAGUAGUCCGGGGAGGAUGAUCGAGAUAGAGUCUUAUCUCGUGAAUAACCCCUCGCGUCCACACCGCGUCAACGAACUCGCAGGGAGGAAGGAGAGGAGUGCACUACCGGGAAUGGAGCCCAGAUUGCCUUCGUCGCUGCUCGGUGCGAGGCCCGCGUUGGCCGCGAGGAAGGUCGGAGGAAGUGUCAUGAGGGGUAUGCGUUAAGCUUUUCCGUCUUUGUACUGUGUUUGUGGAGUUUGGUCGUGUUUUCAGUUGUGUUUGUUUCCUUUGGCGUUUCGUGGAUGGGACUAUGGAUUUGGUCGUUUGUUUUGCGUUUUUCACCUUAUACCCUAAUACAUCCCUUGUCGUGCACAUGC